CAACAAUUUCAUGUUGAACGCACGCACGACUGAUCCCAUGCAGGUGUUUGCUGAGAGGACGAAGCCCAGGCAAGAAAAUUGAGUAAUUGAAAAUGGCUGCUGCAAGUCAAGAAACAGAACAACACACUGAUGAAUCGCAUCUAAAGCUUUUUGGUGUUUGUGUUGAUGAUAGCGAACACAGUGCACGGGCUUUUGAUUGGUAUUUGAAUUCAUGUCAUAAAGAAGGCAACAAACUUGCAAUUAUACAUAUUCAUAUUCCACCUCCUUUGCCAGCUGUACCUAUGUAUCCUGGCAUAGCGGUUGCAGAUGUUGAAUGGACACGUGGAAUAGAAGAUUCCAUUAAAGCAAGCCGCAACCUUUUACAUGAAUAUCGCCAUAAAUGCAAAGCAUUAAAGAUACCCUAUAUCAUAUUUGCGGAAACAGACCAAGGAAGUCCUGGGGCAGAAAUCGCAAGAAUUGCCAAAGAUAACGGGAUUAAGAUGCUUAUAAUGGGUACUCGUGCUCAUGGUGCGCUUAAAAGGGCUUUUCUUGGAAGUAUCAGUGACUAUGUUGUCCACCAUGCACACUGUCCUGUAACCGUUGUUCCGCCUGCAGACAAGCCAACUGAAGAACACCCACAGUAGAACAAUGGUCACCUUGGGUGUCAUAGCAAUCUGAUAAGUAGCAAUAGCAAUAUGGUAACAACACCCUAGAAGAAUUAUGAUUAAGGCUGUAACUAUUUUUGAUUUCGCUUGCAUUUGUCGAGCAUAUACUCCACUAUUAAUACCACCGUGUUUAUUAAUUCAAUUGCUAAUUGGUUUUCAGUAGAUAUAGGUGCGUUUUCGCUCAGAUUGUAAUCUGAUCAAUUUGUCGAUAACUACCUUUAACAGAAAAUUGAUUCACUCCAGUCUUGCUGCCGGCCCAUAAUAGGCAAAGCAGAUUGCUUUACGGUUUAUUUUUUGGAAAACAAGUUCUCUGGUGUGUGACGAUACCUCUUGAGAUACGUACCUACGUUUCUUUAGAAUGAUAUACUGCAUCUUGCGAAGUCUUGUUUGGUUAAAGAGCUUGUUUCAGGCAUUUAUUAAAUUUGCGUGAUGCAAACGAUUUCGAUGACUUUUCUUGGACGAAAUUGCCCUUGCCAACUUUUUGUGUAAAAACUGGAUACACUAUGUUAACCUAGUCGAAGGGCUUUGAAAAUAGAUUAUUCUGUAAUUGAGAGAAAAGAGUUUUCCUGAUCAGACAAUAGGGUACCUAAUCUUAUCUCUUGUUGUAUCUUUGGACACCAGGUGAGCACGUAUCCGUGUUUUUAGUUAACUCACCUUUUUAAAUGUAUUUUUAUGAUGAUCUUGCUUCAAAUGUUUCAUAGUCUUGCUUUAACGAAUAUUAUUAGAACCAAGAUAAAAAGUUUUUGAGAGAA